AUGUACAGCGUGGUUGCGGCUGCGCUUUUCGGCGUCGCCACUGCCUCGUCGCUGAGCAGUGUCUGCACAACCGACUAUGUGGCCUCUGUCCUGCCAACUUCGAGCGAUGACAUUCCUUCUGGUAUUACUAUCGACACUAGUUCAGUGACUGCCAGUAUCUACCGCAACUACUCUGUCUCCGAUGCUACCUUCUGGGAGGACAUUACCAUCAACUUCUGCGAGGUGUCCUUUGCCUACAACCACCAGAACGGGGAUGAUCGGAUCGUGGUACAGUACUGGAUGCCAGCCCCGGACAGCUUCGCCAACCGGUUCUUGGCCACAGGAGGUGCAGCCUAUACCAUCAACAACGGCUCCGGAGGGGCCGACAUGGCGGGCGGCGUUGCCUUUGGCGCCGCCACCGGCUACACAGAUGGAGGCUUUCCCCACUGGGGCGGCACUGACUUCGAUGAUGUGGUGAUUCUGGGCAACGGUACUGCGAACUGGCCGGCCAUCUAUAACUGGGGUUAUCAAGCCAUAGCUGAGAUGACUCAAAUCGGCAAGGCCUUGACCAACAACUUCUUCAACGUUGGGACCAACACCACAAAGCUGUACAGCUACUUCAUCGGAUGCUCGGAAGGUGGACGAGAGGCAAUGAGCCAGGCACAACGGGCCCCGGAAUUGUACGACGGUAUUGUGGCGGGAGCCCCCGCCAUGCGUUAUGGCCAGCAGCAGGUGAACCACAUCGCUGCUCCGGUGCAGAUCCAGACUAUGGGCUAUUAUCCUCCGUCGUGCGUGUUUGACACAGUCAUCAACGCCACCAUCAAUGCCUGUGACGGCAUGGAUGGCAAGGUAGAUGGAGUGGUCGCGCGCAGCGACCUGUGCUUCCAGAACUUCAACAUCUCAACCAUGCUUGGUAAAUCCUACUCAUGUGCUGAGGGCUCUACCACCAGUCUGGGGUUGGGGUACGGGAAGAGGAGAAAGAGGCAGUCGGCCUCCGUCACUCCAGCGCAGAACGGAACCAUCAGUGGCAAAGACAUCGCGGUGAUUCAAGAUCUCUUGACUGGGCUGAAAGACUCCGACGGCAACCUCGUCUACUUCCCCUUUCAGCCCACCGCCGGCUUCGGUGACACUACCGUCUGGGACAGCACUACCGAGUCAUGGACUAUCACCUCCCCAAACUCAAACGGAGAAUGGGUCACGAAGUUCCUCCACUGGCAAAAUGUCACGGAGCUGGACAUGACUGGUGUGACCAACGACGACCUGAAGGCCUGGAUGAUUGAGGGCAUGACCCUCUAUAUGGACUCUCUCCAAACUACCUUGCCAGACCUGACUCCCUUCCACUCCAAGGGAGGCCGCCUGCUGCAUUUCCACGGCGAGGCAGAUAGCAGUGUACCUCCGACUGGCUCCAUCCAUUACCACGAAUCGGUCCGCAAGGUCUUGUAUCCGGACCUCUCGUUUACGGAGGGCAACGAGCAGUUGAACGACUGGUACCGGUUUUAUCUCGUCCCAGGCGCUGCCCAUUGCGCCACCAACGAUGAGCAGCCCAAUGCCGGAUUUCCGCGCGACAACUUUGCCCAUAUGAUUCAGUGGGUAGAGGAGGAUGUCGUGCCUACCACUAUCAACGCCACCGUGCAGUCUGGCGCCAAUGAGGGCGAGAUUCAGAAGAUUUGCACCUGGCCAUCGCGCCCGUAUUGGAAGGACAACAACACGAUGAUCUGCGAAGAGAACGCCAGCUCUGUCAGCGCUAUGCUGUGGAAUCUCACCGCCUAUGUCAUGCCAGUUUAUUAG